UUAUCACCUAUAACCACCACUUUGAACACACAUGGACUUCCUUUAUUUUUCACUUCAUGUUCAACGUCGAUUUCAAUCCUCACAGGACACUCGCUAUUUGUAAGUGUAUAGAAAAAAUUUUGUUAAAACCAUUGUCUGUAAACCAUUAAUUAUUAUUUUUUUUUUAAGAGGAUGUUGUACAUAUCACUCAAUCCAUUUGUUGUUUCUUGGUUCUUUUUUUUUCAAGGCUAAAGUACUGCCAGGACCCCUAGUGGUCAUCAGUUAUCUGCAAAAAAAUAAAUAAAUAAAUAAAUGCUGCUUUAUCAAUAGUGCCUUCCAAUGAACCGAAAGUUAUGCGAUCAAAAGAUGUUUUAACACCUCGUUAUGUACAGUAUUUUACAAUGACUUACGAGCAAUGGCGAGCUUCCUACGAUCACAAAACCUAUGAUGUAUACAAUGGUUGGGGAAAUCAACUUGCUUCGCAUUUAGUUACACUGGGUAUCACGUGUACCAUCAUUUUUCGAUACCAUCAUAUUCGAGAUCCUACUUCAUGGAAAAAGAAAUCCAAUUUAUUCAGUGCCAUAGGUCACUGUACAAAUAGCGAGUGUCCUGUGAGGAUUGAAAUCGACGUUGAACAUGAAGUGAAAAAUAAAGGAAGUCCAUGUGUGUUCAAAGUGGUGGUUAUAGGUGAUAAAAAGCACGAUCCAAAGAAGGAAACGACCGGCCGUCCAUUGACUGGAGCUGCUCGAGAAGCUAUGGCAAAACAAGUUAAUCAACAUGGACCCCUAGUCAUCUAUCAACGUAAUUUACGAUAUGCUAAUGAAGAUUUUCUAAAAGAAGGAAACUUUAGUGAAGUUCCAUCAAUAGAUGUAUUGAAGAGAACCAAACAACAGUAUAACAGGAAAUAUCAACUUGAUGAAAAUAUUUUCCAAGACGUACCAGCAAAUGUUAGUUCAGAAUCGAAUUCAGACCAUCUAAGCGCAUCGAACGCUGUAUUUUCAAAACGUACUUCUGUUAUCAAACGUCAAAAAGAAAAACUUGAAGAAAAGGACGCUGACGAAUUAGAGGAAGAACUUGGGGGAGCCGAUGAUCCAUUACCUGAAGAAGAUGACGAUGAAGAAUAUACGACGUUAAAAAAGAAACCAAAGCCCAAAUUGGAACGCCCAAUUCUUGAUCCAGCUUAUCAGAGUCGACUUAAUCAAGAUCAAGCCAAACGUUUCAAUUAUUUACUUGAACAAACAGAAAUAUUCUCACAUUUCGUUCAAGACGGUACAUUAAAUAAACAUCAUAAAGGUCAAUCAUCACCGUUAAAAAUGAAAUUGCCAGUCGAAGCAGAAAAACAGAAAUCAACUGCAAGUACUGGCAGUGGAGAUCACCGCCAUCGUAUGACUGAAGAAGAAGAAGAUGAAGAAUUAUUGCAUGAUGCAAAAGAUGCAGAAAAACGGGAUAUAACUAGAUUUGAUGAGUCCCCCUGGUUUGUAAAAGGUGGCGAAAUGCGCGACUAUCAAGUACGUGGCCUCAAUUGGAUGAUAUCCUUGUUUGAAAAUGGUAUUAAUGGUAUUUUGGCUGAUGAAAUGGGCCUAGGCAAGACAUUGCAAACAAUAUCUCUGCUUGGUUAUAUGAAACAUUAUCGUAAUGCUGGUUCACCACAUAUGGUCAUAGCACCAAAAUCAACAUUACAAAAUUGGAUGAAUGAGUUUCAACGUUGGGUACCAUCAAUAAAAAGUGUUUGUUUAAUUGGUUUACAAGAAGAACGUAAUCGAAUUAUUCGCGAAGAGAUAGAACCGGGUGAUUGGGAUGUGUUAGUAACAUCAUACGAAUGUGUCUUACGUGAAAGUACUGUAUUAAAAAAGUAUAAUUGGCGUUAUAUUUGCAUUGAUGAAGCGCAUCGAAUCAAAAAUGAACAAUCAAAAUUAAGUAAAAUGGUUCGAUUAUUGAAAUCAACAAACCGUUUAUUAAUUACUGGCACACCAUUACAAAAUAAUCUUCAUGAAUUAUGGGCACUUUUGAACUUUUUAUUACCCGAUGUGUUUGAUUCGGCUGACGAUUUUAAUGCUUGGUUUGAUACACAAAAAUGUCUUGCGGAUGAUACCGAAUUAGUUACACGUUUACACGGUAUUUUGAAACCAUUUUUAUUAAGACGAUUAAAAAGUGAUGUUGAAAAAAAACUACCACCAAAAGUUGAAACAAAAUUAUAUGUUGGUCUUGCACCUUUACAACGACAAUGGUAUACAAAAAUUUUAAUGAAAGAUAUUGAUAUAUUGAAUAGUGCAAGUGGAAAAUUGGAUAAAGUUCGUCUGUUGAAUAUUCUGAUGCAAUUAAGAAAAUGUGCUAAUCAUCCAUAUAUUUUUGAUGGAGCCGAACCUGGUCCACCGUACACGACCGAUAAACAUUUAGUUGAUAAUUGUGGAAAAAUGGUUAUUCUAGAUAAAUUAUUGAUCAAAUUAAAAGAACAAGGAUCACGUGUAUUGUUAUUUAGUCAAAUGACGAGAAUGUUAGAUAUAUUAGAAGAUUAUUGUAUAUGGAGAAAUUUUGAAUAUUGUCGAUUAGAUGGUCAAACAUCACAUGAAGAUCGUCAAGCGUCAAUCGAUGCUUAUAAUAAACCCAAUAGCACAAAAUUUUUAUUCAUGUUAAGUACAAGAGCUGGUGGUUUGGGUAUUAAUUUGGCAACAGCGGAUAUUGUUGUAUUAUACGAUAGCGAUUGGAAUCCACAAGUUGAUUUACAAGCCACAGAUAGAGCCCAUCGAAUAGGACAAACAAAAACCGUUCGUGUCUUUCGUUUGAUAACUGAACAUACAGUUGAAGAACGAAUUUGUGAACGUGCCGAAAUGAAAUUACGGCUCGAUCAUGUUGUUAUUCAACAAGGACGUUUACAAGAUGCAUCGACAAAAUUAGGAAAAGACGAAAUGUUAUCAAUGAUUCGUCAUGGAGCAUCACAUGUAUUCUCAUCAAAACAAGGCGAAAGUGAAUUAGAUAAAGAUAUUGACUUGAUUUUGGCUGAAGGUGAACAAAAAACGCAAGAAUCACGAAAGAAAUUUGAGGCAUUAGGUGAAAAUCAAUUGAGAAAAUUUACUAUUGAUAAUGCGGAUUCAACAGAUGGUGAUGGAAAAGAAACUGGUUCUAUUUAUAAAUUCGAAGGCGAAGAUUAUCGUGAGAAACAAUCGUCUGGUCUUGGUAUUAAAUGGAUUGAGCCGCCUAAGCGUGAACGUAAAGCAAAUUAUGCUGUUGAUGCUUAUUUUCGUGAAGCAUUACGAAUGACUGAACCACGUGCGCCAAAAGCACCGCGACCACCACGUCAACCAAAUGUACAAGAUUUUCAGUUUUUUCCACCAAGAUUAUUCGAAUUAUUAGAUCGUGAGAUUUAUGCAUAUCGAAAACAAAUCGGUUAUAAAGCUGUACGUGAUCCAGAUUUGGAUGAUAAUGAAAGUAAACGGCAACAGCAACAAGAACAGAGAAAAAUUGAUGAAUCAGAACCGUUGACAGAUGAUGAGCAAUAUGAAAAAGAACAAUUGUUACAACAAGGUUUUACAAAUUGGACAAAACGUGAUUUUAAUCAAUUUAUCAAAGCAAACGAAAAAUAUAGUCGUGAUGAUUUAGAAAAUAUAUGUAAAGAUGUUGAAGGUAAAACACCGGAAGAAGUCAUGGCCUAUGCGCGAAUCUUCUGGGAUCGUUGUCAUGAAUUAACUGAUAUCGAACGUAUUAUGGCACAAAUUGAACGUGGUGAAACAAAAAUACAUCGACGUAUCAGUAUUAAAAAAGCACUUGACACAAAAAUGGCACGUUAUAAAGCACCAUUUCAUCAAUUACGUAUUCAAUAUGGAACUAAUAAAGGAAAAAAUUAUACGGAAGAAGAAGAUCGAUUUCUACUUUGCAUGCUUCAUAAACUUGGCUUUGAUAAAGAAAAUGUUUAUGAAGAAUUGCGCUAUGCUGUUAGACAAUCACCGCAAUUUCGUUUCGAUUGGUUCUUGAAAUCACGCACAUCAAUGCGAGAACAAGAAUUAGAAGAAAAAGAGCGUGCUGAAAAGAAAAAAGGGCGAUCGAAACUGAACACUUCCAAUUCACAAGCAGCCACAAUAUCAAAGAGCAAUGGUGGCCAAAAACGAAAACCCGAUGCAUUUGCAACACCACCUACCAGUUCACCAGCCAAACGAAAGAAGAAAGUAAUAUAA